GCAACUAACUGAGGGCUGAGUAUCUACUGUCACACCUGUAGAUAGUGACAUACAGAGUUGUUUUUUAGUAAGUAGGUAAGUAAGGGAAUUCUAAAAUAACAUACAUAUACUGUAUAGGAUAGUGCAAUAUCAAACAAACUAAAGCUCAUGAUAGUUAUUUUUUUCUAAAACGUAAAGUAAACUACUUAAAAUAGUUAUUUAGGGUUACUUUGAAAACAAAGGGAUUCUCCUAAAUCAAUUUAAUAGCAAAGUUGCUAACUAGUAACAGAAGGUUAUUAAAUAGGGCAUGUUUUAACUAAUCCACAAAAAAAUAAUCAAAUACAUAAAAACAUUUAUGUUAAUCAGUCCAAAAAAGCUGUGCAGUCAUAAAAAGUUACCACAAAUUCACUUUUAUUGGAAGAUUCAUUUAAUAAGGUAGAUAGCACCAAAAGUACACAUGUAGGAGGAGAUGAAAGGAGCAACGUGUCGAAUUAGAUUUGGUACACAUUUAGUUAAUAUCCUUGGUAAUGACCGUCUACUGUGUCACACUCCACUGUUUCCAGCUAGUGGCGCUGACGCGCUUAUUAGCCGGUUCCCCAGCCGUUAAUCUGGAAAAGAAGAAGAAAGACGUCACUUCCGUAAACACAAGGCACCUGUCGAAAUUGUCUGCCGUGGGUUUUUUUUUUGUUAAUGUUGUUUCCCUCAUUUAUGCACCCUGAAUGUAUAUGAUGUCUCAUGCUGAAUCCUUCUGUACGACCUCUCAUGGCAUAGAAAACCAUUGCAUGGGUGUGCGUGAAAGAUCCGAAGAUGGUAGAGCUGACAAAGACACAUUUGUGAAAAAUGACUCGGCCAGUCCAGACAGAAGUGUGAGGGAGCGUGUGUUAAAGGAGGUAGGACUCACCAGCACCACCUUCAUUGGUCCAGCAAUUCCUCCAAAAACAACCACAGUCAAAUCUGACAUUGAAGAAACACUGAGUGAGUUUUACAAAGAGCUUGAGAAGAUCGAUAGACCUGAUGGUGCUAAUAAUAACCCAGGAAGACAAGAUGCAGUUCAACCACCCAUACCUCCCAAAUUAUAUACCAGCAAAGAGACUCGCGGUGUAAGCGAGGAGAACAUUAAUACAAACAAAUCUACAGAAACAGACGGCUACCAGAAAAGCAGUGGACAGAACUGGCCACACUGGUAUCAAAAUGAGCCAUACUACCCCAGAAGACCGAGGCCAGGCAUGGACCUAAGCUUUGGUAGAGCUGUUCCUACACAGAAUCAAUGGCAUUAUCCUCAAACACAGAAUAGACCACCAAACCCAACAUUUCACAGACCCCCAUUCCAUCGCCCACUGCCCCCAUCUGCAUUCCCAAAUCCACAAAAUCCGGCAUCACACAUGAAUCAAAACUGGAGCAGUUCGGGCAUGACAAACCAGUAUCAAAAGGAGUCGCAUUUUCCAACAUUUUCUAGCCUCCCACCUCUGAAUGUAUGUAGUCCACCCUCUCAGGGCUUUUAUGGAGAUUCGCCACACCACUUUGACAGGGAUGAAUGGGGUUGCAGCUUUGAUGCACACUCAGAUCAUGUAAAUGUUGGAUGGUCUAGAGAUAGAAAAGAAGAAUGGUAUCAGUUGACUGAAGUUUAUGACAGGCGGCAGAGAGAUGAUUCAGAACAUGAACUCUGGGAGCAUCACUGCCAACCCCCUGAUAACAAUAAUGCAUACCAUUCUCCCUUGGUGCUGAUCAUAAUGAGGGGAUUACCAGGAUCUGGGAAAUCAACACUGGCUAGGGAGCUGCUUUCCACUGGUUCCAGUGGGCUAAUACUGAGCACAGAUGACUACUUUGCUCACAGAGAUGGCUACCGCUAUGAACCAGGCCUUCUUGGAGAGGCACAUGAAUGGAACCAGGGCAGAGCUAAAGACGCUAUGCAUGAUGGCCAAUCUCCCAUUAUUAUUGAUAAUACAAACACCCAAGCCUGGGAAAUGAAGCCAUAUGUCAAAAUGGCCUUGGAGAGAGGAUACAAAGUGGACUUUUGUGAACCUGACACCAGCUGGAAGUUUGAUCCUGCUGAGCUUGAGAAGAGGAACAAGCACGGUGUUCCCCAGGAGAAGAUUGCACAGAUGAUGGAUCGUUUUUCAUUUCCCAUAUCCAUAGACAUCGUCAUGAGUUCACAAGAGCCGCCUCAUGUGAACCAGAGACGUCGACCAUAGCAGCCACAGUUGAUGAGAAAAAAACGAGAUUUCCAUUAGUUUUUAGAGGAAUUUAACCAGCGAAGUAAUUUGCCUUGAAGAACAACACUUUUGUAAUGGCGUUAGCUGCUGUUUCUACAUGAUUUUUAACAUAUUUUGUAUACUGUAAUUUUUUAUAAAGAGAGAAGAAAUGUAUUUUUUAUGUUAAGUUUUCAUAAUUAAAUUGUAAUGUGUAAGAUCUUUGCAAGGAAAGGAUGUUGUAUUAAAUGACUGAUAUUUCAGACUUGUA